UAUUGAAGCUAUAGGGUUGGGUAUCGGCCCGCAGAAGUGAAACAAUCGAAACAGAGUUCGACGCCUACGGCGAGAAGUAGCGACUGAUGGCUAACUCAGCUCGAUUCACUCAAACCAUUUUUGCUAUUAUCCUGAAGGGUCAUUGGAAUCAUCUUUUGAAACCCAAAAUUUGCAUCCAAAUAAGCUCGACCACCGUUAACGACCUCCUUCUCCGGCUCUCUGCUUUCAGUUCCGGUGCUUCUCUUCCUUGGUCUUUUUUUCAAUGGGUAAAAAAUUCUAUACCCAGCCAUGACCACUCUCUGCAAUCUACGUGGACAAUGGUUCACAUUCUUACGAAGCACAAACAUUUCAAGACAGCGCACAGUUUGCUCGACAAAAUUUCUAACAAAGAUUUCUUGUCGUCAAAUUCCGUUUUGAAUGCCUUGAUCAGUACUCACUCUGACGUUGAAGUGAAUUCUCAUGUUUUGAGUUGGUUGGUGAUAUCUUAUGGAAAAUUGAGAAUGACCCAAGAUGCUUUACAAGUUUUUGAGUCGAUGAGAGUUCAUGGUUUAAAGCCUCAUUUACAUGCUUGCACUGUGUUUUUGAAUUGUCUGGCUAAAGAAAAAUUGAUUGAUAGCGUCUGGAAAGUUUAUAAGAAAAUGGUUAGACUUGGGGUGGUCGGGAAUUUACACGUUUACAAUGUGUUGGUUCAUGCUUGUUGCAAGGGUGGUGAUGUCGAAAAGGCUGAAAAUGUAUUGAGUGAAAUGGAAUUGAAGAAUGUUUUUCCAGAUCGCUUUACAUUCAAUACAAUGAUUGCUUUGUAUUGUAAGAAGGGUAUGCAUUAUGAAGCUUUGUGUGUGCAAGAUAGGAUGGAAAGAGCAGGGAUUACUCCGGAUAUUGUAACUUAUAAUUCACUUAUUUAUGGGUUCUGUAGGCAAGGUAGAAUGCGAGAGGCUUUAAGACUCUUUAAGGAAAUUAAAGGUGUUAGUCCUAACCAUGUGACAUACACUACUUUAAUUGAUGGUUAUUGUAGAGUGAAUGAUGUAGGAGAAGCUUUAAGAUUGCGGGAUAUGAUGGAGGCUAAGGGGAUUUAUCCUGGAGUUGUUACUUAUAAUUCAAUCAUUCGUAAGUUGUGUGAAGAAAGUAAAAUAAGGGAAGCUAAUUGGAUUUUGAAUGAGAUGAGUGAAAAGAAAAUUGAACCUGAUAAUGUGACUUGUAACACAUUGAUCAAUGCAUAUUGCAAGAUUGGAGAUAUGGGAUCUGCUAUAAAAGUGAAGAACAAGAUGAUGGAGGCCGGGUUGAAGUUGGAUCAAUUUACGUUCAAGGCAUUGAUACAUGGAUUUUUCAAGUUGAGUGAAAUGGAUAGUGCAAAAGAUUACUUGUUUAACAUGCUUGGUGCAGGGUUUUCUCCUAGUUAUUGCACCUACUCCUGGCUUGUUGAUGGGUACUGCAACCAAGGCAAAGAAGAAAAAGUUAUAAAGUUUCCAGAUGAAUUUUUGAAAAGAGGCCUCUGUGUUGAUGUCUCAGUGUACAGGGCACUCAUAAGGAGGUUCUGUAAGCAAGAAAGGGUUGAUUGUGCGGAAAGAAUAUUCACUCUUAUGCAAGGAAAAGGUAUAUCGGGAGAUAGUGUAAUAUAUACUAGCCUAGCAUAUGCUUACUGGAAAAUGGGGAAGGUGAAUGCUGCUUCAGAUCUAUUGAAUGAAAUGUAUAAGAGGAGGUUGAUGAUAACUCUCAAAAUCUAUCGAUCUUUCAAUGCUUCAUAUGCUGGUGACAGUAGCAUUUUAGGUUUCUUUUGGAAUCAUGUGACUCAGAGGGGAUUAAUUUCUAAGAGUAUUUUGAAGGAUAUCAAUAAGGGAGAUUUACAGUCAUGAAUUAACCUUCCAUGCUUUAUAGUGCUCUGUUCACAACAAGACGCAUCACAGUUAGUCUUCCAUGUGGUUACACUGAUGUUUAGAAGUGAACUGGUUAUGAGACAUUAUAAAUUUCUUUAAAACUUAGUCUGAAGCUCAGAACUCCAGUUUGUAUUUUUUUUAAAGUAAUUUAUGUCGACUCAAAAAUGGUCAAAGACCAAGCUUGUGAAGCCAAAA